AAUAAAGUGACAAGAUUUUUGAGGGGGUGCAAGACUAUGUUUCCUAUAGUGCCCCAGAAUUUCGAGGUUAAGAACUACAGUAUUUCUAGUCCGGAGCUGAUCACCAGUUUCGUAACGGGUUCAUCGAAGCUGUUGGUACCUGGAAAAGUGACUGCUUUCAGCUCGAUUCCUCAGGGAACAAUCUCGGCGCCCAUCGAAGCCGGCGAGUUGGUGGGACAGCCGGAUGUUGUGCAGAUAUCCGUACAACCCAAUUCAUCAGGCAUCAUCGACUUAGAAGAAAACUCAAAAAACGUAUGGUGUCAAAAUAUACACUGGGUGAGAGCUCUACGUCUGUCGGACGACUGUCACAGUUACAAUAUCCAGCUACGUUUUCAUCCAACCCAGAAACCAGGCACCAGCUCUGGUAAAAAUAUAUACCCCAAAUUGAUACUUCAGGCUGUGAGACCCGUCGAAACCGGUCAAGAAUUACUCCUUUGGUUUUCCGAAGACUUACUGGCGAUGCUGCAGAUCGCAUUUCUGACACCCGCAAAUAUACAAGGUCAGAAAAAAUACGUCUGCACGAAAUGUUCGGCCCUCUACGAAUCGCCAAACCCCUUAAAACUCCACAUUUCCCUCGGAUGUGGGCGACAGACGGUCACUUCCCUCUGGGAAAGAUUAUCCAACGGUCUCAACGAAAACCUCGUACAAACUGCUACCAAAAACGACCUUUUUGAUUUUAAAUUGUCGCCUGAACCACAAAUAAUGAGACAGCGUAAUGCCAUGGACCUUUCGGUGUCGAGUACGAACCAUAAUAGGCAGGAGUGUGGACAAAAGGACUUGUACAGGCCUUAUAGUGAGCCUUCGGCUUUUAAACCUUUUAAGAAGUUGCAAGAGGAUCAGUAUCAUAGGGAGAAUCUUCUCGUUCCGAUUAUGGAGAACGUGCAAAUGUGGCCCUUAGCGCCAUUUGAGCAGCAUCAUUUUCAUUUGCAGCAGGCGGGGAAUGAUGAUGAGGCUCAUAUCGAAACGUUGGUGAGCAGCUUAGGAAAAUCCAAACAAGGCCACAUCUGCCUCUACUGCGGCAAAUGCUACUCCCGAAAAUACGGCCUAAAAAUCCACAUAAGAACCCACACGGGAUACAAACCGCUAAAAUGCAAAUUCUGCAUGAGACCUUUCGGGGACCCGAGCAAUUUGAACAAACACGUGCGACUUCACGCCGAGGGGAACACCCCGUAUAAGUGCGACUUGUGCGGAAAAAUUCUAGUCAGGCGACGGGAUCUAGACAGACAUUUGAAGAGUAGACACAUGGUUGAGAUGCAUCCAGGACUGAAUAUUUUACAAGAGGAUUCGAAUCCAGACGAAGAUGUUAAAAGUCCGGAAGUUAUAUCGAAUAGUUGAGUUUGUUUUUUGUACAGAGGGAUAUAUUUAUGGAUUUUUGAUUAUUUAAAGAUUAUUAAUGAAAUAGAUUUAUUUUUUUUAA